AGUCAUAUAGAAAUACCUUCACCUCUCGCCGGUGCAUCUCGCCGGAUUAACUUCUGCUAUAUAUAUCUCUCUCUCUCCUCUGACAGACCUCUUCUCAUCCAAUCUCAUCCGCCCUUCCUAGAACUCAUCUUACCCCUUCGAUUUCUCCUUUUCAUCGAUUUCUUCUAUAAUGCGCUAUUUUUCCUUGUUGCCCUAGGGUUUCUUUUGUCUGGAUUAGAAUUACUUGGAUCGAACGAUGGAAAGCCUACCGACGGCAACGGAGAGGCAGUUGCUAAUCUCCUCCUUCUUAGAAAUCGCAGUCGGUCAGACCGCGGAGACUGCUAUCCAGUUCCUGCAGGCCACAAGUUGGAAACUUGAGGAAGCUAUUCAGCUUUUCUAUGUUGGGAACGAUGUUGGUGGAGCCGGACUUGCUUCUGCUUCUGCUUCUGAGUUGCCUCCAUUUGAUCAAAAUUCUAGUGGAGUAGAGAAUGUUGCUGCAUACAGCGGUGAUGGCAAGGAAGCUACUGCUGAUGAAGUGCGAGCUCCAUUGCCUGUUAAGAGAGACACUUUGUAUGGUGAUGCUGCUUUUCUGAGACAACAACCUAGUUCUGUGGUUGCUUUUCGAAACUUUGAAGAGGAGUCAAGAAGGCCUGCGGUUUGGGAGUCUGAACAAAAUACUGCAUCAACAGCAAAUGGGGGCCGUGAUAAUCUUGCUUCUCUAUACCGCCCUCCUUUUGCUUUAAUGUAUAAUGGAUCAUUUGAUAAGGCCAAGUUUGAGGCCUCUCUUCAGGACAAGUGGUUGUUAGUCAACCUGCAGUCCACGGAAGAAUUUAGCUCUCAUAUGCUUAAUCGGGAUACAUGGUCUAAUGAAGCUGUAACACAAACAAUUCGCACCAAUUUCAUAUUCUGGCAGGUGUAUAAUGACACCAGCGAGGGACGGAAGGUUUGCACCUACUAUAACUUAUCCUCAAUUCCAGCCAUUUUGGUUAUCGAUCCUAUCACCGGGCAAAAAAUGCGAGCAUGGACUGGCAUGGUACAGCCAGAACGUAUUUUGGAGGAUUUAUUACCAUUUAUGGAAGGCGGACCAAAACAACAACACGUGUCUCUUCCUCUCAAAAGACGUAGGGAAGGAGCAAAGGAUUCUACGGUCAGCAUAUCAGAAAAAUAUCUCGACGAAGAUGAGGAGCUGCUGAUGGCAGUUGCAGCAUCAUUGGAAGGAUCAAAAGUGCCUGUGGAGUCCUCUGUAGAUGAAGAAGCAAAAGCUGAUGAAGAUGCUAAAAGCAGCGCCAACAAGGAACCUGUAUAUCCUCCCCUUCCAGAGGAGCCAAAGGGGAACAGAGAGCUUCUUUGUAGAGUGGGCAUCCGCCUUCCUGAUGGACGCCGAGUCCAGCGGAGCUUUCUUCGUUCUGACUCCAUAAGGUUAUUAUGGUCAUUUUGCUCUUCUCAACUUGAGGGUGCAGUAGCUCGUCCUUUCCAUUUCACAGAAGCAAUUCCUGGAGCAUCCAAAACUCUCGAAUAUGAGAGCAACGUAACGUUCGAUGAGGCUGGUUUAUCAAACUCCUUGAUUUCCAUGCUGUGGGAUUGAAGGUUUGGAUCUUUGACUGUGGACAUUGCCAAUGUCUAGAAAGCUUAAUGUGCAAGUUAAUUUUGUCUUAUGAGGAGCUAGAUGGAGUUCAUAUUGAUACAAGUUUCUCUUGGGAGCAAAAUUGUUUAAGUUAUAGUUGUACGUUGUGUAUAUUAUGCUUUUUUUAGAUUUGAUGACCUUUUUAAUUUUUAUAUAAUCUAUUAAUGGCUGGCAGAUGCUAUUCCAAUAAA